CAUUUUUUGUUUUUUAUUUGUUUUAUAUGAAGUAUUUUUGGCUAUAAAGAUGCCAUUUAACCCUUUGAAACCUGAUCUAAUUGGUUUGAUUUCUUUCAUAAACAUAGGGAGAGGGUAAAACAACUUAAAAAGUCGUGGCCCAAAAAAUAUAAAGAAAUUUAAGUUAAAUUAAGUUUUUUAAAAAAGCAAUAUGCUCAGAUUUUAAACGGUUACGCUGCCAACUCACUUUUUGAUUGUUUUAAUGUAAUGGAUUGAAAGGCAUUUCACCAGAAGAAAAAAUAAUAAAAAACUGGUGACAAAGCAGAGGACGAAUGUUCUCCCUUUCUCGCCUCGGUGACCCCCAUAAAAUUGAUUUUGGGAUCUCUGACCUCGUGUUUGUGACCCUGUAUUGAUCUGGACUGUUGCAGGUGGUUUAAAUCGGAUCCCCGCUGGGUGACGCUGUCUCCUCUGAUCCACGGAAAUAGCUGUUGAUCGACAGCUGCUUUUGUCCCGCCCACUCCCCUCUACCGUCCAAUCAGCGCUUACGUUGCUUUGUUGUUGUGCGUGUGCUGACAGCGGAACUGAACAAUCGAGAGGGAGGCUAUCUGCUACAAACCAACACAACAAGAUGGAGGUGGAGCAGCUCCUGUCUCUGUCAGGCUCAGCACUGGCCCAGGCUGUCAGCUCUCUGCUGGAGACCCCAGGCCUCUACGUCUUUUCUGACAUCCUGGAGCUGCCUAAUGUCAGAGAGCUGGAGAAUGGCCCUCAUGCACCGAUGUACCAGCUCCUCAACCUCUUUGCCUAUGGAACCUACUGCGACUACAAAGAGAGAGCAGCCUCUCUUCCAGAGUUGACCCCAGCACAAAGAAAUAAACUCCGCCACCUGUCAAUCAUCAGCCUGGCAUCCAACCUCAAGUGCCUGCCGUACUCACUGCUCCUGCAGCAGCUUGAGCUGAAGAAUGUGCGGGAGCUGGAGGACCUGCUGAUCGACGCAGUUUACUGCGACAUCAUCCAGGGCAAACUGGACCAGAGGAACCAGCAGGUGGAGGUAGACUGCAGCGUGGGUCGUGACCUCGGCCCCAACGAGCUUCCAAACAUAGUCAACACGCUGCAAGAGUGGUGCACAGGGUGUGAGGCAGUGUUGUGCGGUAUUGAGGAGCAGGUCUCGAGGGCAAACCAAUACAGAGAGAGCCAACUAAAAGUUAAAGUCCAAGUGGAAACAGAGGUGUCAAACCUACAGAAAACGUUAAAGGCCAGCGCUGCCUCUCCGUCAUCAGGCCCCGCCCCAGCAGGUGCUGCCUCCAAUCAGGACGCAGACCAGCCGGCAGAGCCACGAGACCCCGCCUCUUCUCAGGAACCACGACAACCAGGCAAAAAAAGCUCUAAAGUGAAAGGGCUGCGUGGCAGUGGGAAGAUCUGGUCCAAAUCCAACUAAAGACAAGAGACUGAGGCACUGAUGGACACUCUCACUGAUUUACGGACACAGGGACAUGUUGACGGACAAACGGAUGUUCACGGACACCCUUGUCACACACACACUCGUCACAGUAAAACCAGGAAACUUCACUGGAACUUUUCUUGCCACCAGAUCUCACCUUGACGGAUUCGGAAACAAGCACUGGCUGAUGGAAAAUGACAGGUGUGACAUCCACUCUUGCAGUUGUUAAUAGCCUAACUGGCAGACUUUCCGUGCACAGACAUACACACACACAAGUCACCCAUAACACAUGAAGACAGAACAGGUUGCAGCAGGAGUCAGUUGCCUUUGACCAGACACAGGAUCAGUGUAUUUGAAGCGUACGUGUGCAUCUCUGUUGGUUUAAAAAUGUUCUUUUAGUUUCAAUUAAUGUUGCUUUGUUGUUGUUUUUUUCUCUCUGCUGAGUUGAGACAUGUAUAAAAUCAGAAUAUAAAUUGUCAGGAAAUAAAACGAAGCCCUGUACUUACCCUGA